AUGGAUCCUCCUACUAAUGGUUCCUCUUCCAACAGUGUCAACGAUUUUACUUUUGCUGAGAUUGAAGACAUGGAGAGUAUGUACAAGGAGUAUGGUGAUCAGAGUCUCACAACAGAGACUUUUGUCAAGUCCUUGUUUGCAGCUUUAGGAAGAGAGUUGGAAGAGAGUUGGUGUUUCAAGCUGAAGCAGCCAAACCAAGCUGACUCGAGGAUAAGCCAUCUCCUGCUGAGAUUCUUGACUUGUCAAAUCUCAGUGCUGCCAAAAAUGCUGAAAAUACCUCUGUUCAAAAACUGGAAGAUGAGGCAUUUCAUAUUAGGGGUAUUAUAG